CCAUCGACGUGAAUACACCUCAAGACAUCACCGCAUUCCAUCCACACAUGAGAACAACAGCCGUGCCGCACUGGUGUGAAGUGCAUCGACGAGAGGGUUACAACACUUCACAAUGUCGGCUAUUGAGGAUGGUAUGCUAUGGCUGUGGGGAGAGUGGGCAUUUGGUGGCCCUGUGUCCCAUUCAGCCGCGCCACUCAGGGUAGAACUCCCAUCCCGCGGGCGGUUCCUCCAGCCCCAGGGAACGAACCGAAAGAAUCACUGACGACACAGAAGGGCAGGCCUCUAGUAUGUCUGCAGGUCAACGGGAAGACCACAGUCUGUUUCCUCGACACCGGGAGUGAAGUGACGAUCGUGAAUGAAGCCCAUGUCAACAUGCUACCGGGGGUUCGGAUGCUGCAGACCUCCCAGUCUCUUCAGGGAGUGUCAGGACCACCCAAAACUGUGGUAGCUGAGGCUGAUUUGACCUUCAGACUUCACCCGGAUUUUGUGCUGACCCAUCGACAUAUACCGGUGAGGAAUCAAAAUGCGUACAUGAAGCCUCAGCUGGAGAAGUGAAUGAUAAGUGUGGCAAGAAAUUUCAACACAUUUCCCCUAUGCAUGUUGCUGAACGAAUUGUGAUCCCAGCCCAGUCAGGAUGUUUUGUUCCAGCAAAUUUGACAAGAGGCAUGCCGCCAGACGCCCAUCUGGCUAUUAUAGAAGGCAAUGCUACCUGUUUGACAGUACCGAGGACCCUCAUCUCUGUUCACGAACGGAGGUCUAGUGUUUGGGUUGUGAAAACGGACCAGAGAGCAAGAAAACUUUCCCCAGGUACGAUACUUGGUUAUGCAGAAAUUGUGCAACUUGAAGAAGUCACGAGAGCAGAUGAUCAUGACACACAGGGUUCGGGGCCCUUAAUUGAGAGGAGGACGCCAGAGUACACCACUCCGUUUGUUUCGACCCUGCGCCCCUGGAUUAAUGAAUGGGUGCAUGAGUGUGCUUGUAUUGCAGCCCAUCUACCACAAUGGUGGGUAGAAACUCUAACGGGCUCGGUUCCUUCGUCACGUGCCACGACGCCUACUAGCCCGCCGGCUGUCGGGGAAGCUUCUGGUGGGGAUGCACCCGUGCAAGAACUGCAAAAUAGUGGCGAUCCUCGAGCUGCAGCACCACAGCCACCACCAGAUGUUCAUGAUAUGCUUAGUGCUGCUCUAAGUCGUAUUUCCGUCCUAGAAGAAGUGAUAGCUGCUACUAGAAGCGAGAAUGCCCGGUGCCAGCCAUUGGCGCGGGAAGAGCCACCCCCCGUGGGUCACAGUAACGUAUCACAAGUUCCCCAUUUAAUACCCCAGGAGCCCACCUCGUAUGUUUACCCCACUCAUGCUUUGGGUGUUCACCCAGCCGCACCUGCCAGCACCCGCCAAGCUUUGAGUGGCCGAGAUGAAAUCCCAGUGUUCUGCGGUGAGACGCCUGCCUCACAAGCUCUGCAGAGAAACCGGGAGGUGGAAGCUUGGAUAUCUACCAUAGAGAUGCCCACGCAGCCGGCCACCGUAUGA